UGGGAGGGAAACCCCGUGGAUCGACGGGAACGCUGAGCGGCGCGGCUACAGUCACAGAGUGGCAGCUGAUCAGUGCAGACGGAGACCGAGCGACCACUCUCACUCACAGAACCAAGCAGCCAUGGACAAGAGCCAACAUGUGCAGAGGGCCAAACUGGCAGAGCAGGCCGAACGCUAUGACGACAUGGCCGACUCCAUGAAGAAAGUGACUGAACUGGGAGAGGAACUGACCGAUGAGGAGAGAAACCUGCUCUCAGUGGCCUACAAGAAUGUGGUGGGAGCUCGCCGGUCUGCCUGGAGGGUGGUGUCCAGCAUCGAGCAGAAGACCGAAGGCAGUGACAAACAGCAGAUGGCUAAAGAGUACCGUGAGAAGAUCGAAACCGAGCUGAAGGCCAUCUGCAAAGACGUUCUGCAUCUGCUGGACAAGUUUCUGAUCCGCAGCACAUCUCCGGCAGAGAGCCAGGUAUUCUACCUGAAGAUGAAGGGUGACUAUUACCGCUACCUGGCAGAAGUUGCUACAGGAGACGAGAAAACCAAUAUCAUCCAGAAGUCUCAGGAAGGUUACCAGGCCGCUUUUGACAUCAGCAAAGACAACAUGCAGCCCACUCAUCCCAUCCGCCUGGGCCUGGCUCUCAAUUUCUCAGUCUUUUACUAUGAGAUCCUGAACUCUCCAGAGCAGGCCUGUGAUCUGGCCAAGAAGGCAUUUGAUGAUGCCAUUUCUGAGCUGGACCAGUUAACUGAAGAUUCGUAUAAAGACAGCACACUCAUCAUGCAGCUACUAAGAGACAAUCUGACACUGUGGACCUCUGACACUCAGGCAGACGGUGAUGAGACAGAGGAGGGCCGGGACAACUAAAGCCAACUCUACAAAGAAGCUUUUCAGUCAGCACAGCGAGAGACAACGCUGACGCUUUUACAGUUCCAGCUUCAUACUCACCAGCCCGUCAUUUGUGUGUGUGUGUGUUUGGAUUUGAGAGUGCAAAGGAAAGACCGUGUUUGUGUACGUGUGUUUGUUUGAGAGGGGGCAAACCUGCAGUUUGUCUUUCAAAUUUGUUAACUGUGGAUUGGAGAUGAUGUGUGUUCAUGCAUGUGCUGAUGCGUGUCUCCAUGAAGCCAACAGUCGGUGCGUAUGUGAGAGCGAGAGAGAGAGAGCGAGAGUUUGCAUCCUUUUCCGAGUUCGCUAGGGGAGCAUUUAGUGAUGGGUUUCUUGUGGCUUAGACUGAAUUCUUCAUUUUCCUAAAGAAUCAUGGGAAACAAACCAAAAGUCAGUAUGAACGAGUACUUGUGACACAUUGGGCUUGUGCAAGACAUUCUACUUCAGCUGUCAUGUGCGUUUUCUCAUUGGUGAAUAUCGCAUACAAUCUCUCUUUGUCAAACACAGACCUAAGAUCAAAAAACAAAACAAAAAAAAAGACUUGACACAUGGCUUAUACUGUAACUUUGAUAUAAGAGUCUUGUUACCGAAGCAGUAAGUAAUGCUUUUAAUGUGCUUCUCUGAUUAAUACCGUUUUCUAUUAGGAUUUUUGGUUUCGUUUUAUUUCUACUACUACUACUUGCUAAAUCUCGUUUUUAGUUUGUUUUGUUUACUCCUUUUGAUACUUGGCUAAACUGCAUGUGGCUUUAGUUAAUCAGGGUGACUGGAGUUGGCUGAUUGGGCUGCCUGUCUUUGGAUUUUCAUACAGAAACACUCAGCAUUAUUGUUAUUUGUUAUGGAGGGUGGGCGGAGGGAUCUGGAUUUCAUGUUAGUGGAAUUAAAACAGAUAAAACACAAA